GCCAUGGGGUUUAAAGAGCCCGGCGUUCCUUUGACUCUUCUCCUUUGGAUUACCGCUUCCUGGGGCUCCCUGCCCAGCUGCGCUGCCUGGGCUGGAGAAACGGGAGCGGCGGCUCGCCAGCAGGAUGAAUUCUUCGCCACCAGUAUUUAUGGAGCCAGAUGCAGCUCCAGGUGUCUCAGCUUGCAGAUUACACGUAUCUCCGCCUUUUUCAAGCAUUUCCAGAAUAAUAGUUCCUUGGUUUGGUGUCAGAAUCACAAACAAUGUUCAAAGUGUUUGGAACCUUGCAAAGAGUCCUGGUAUCUGAAGAAAAACCAUUGCCAAAAUUUUUGUGAGCCUCUUUUCCCCAGGAAGAACUAUGAAUGUCUAACUAGCUGUGAGUUCCUGAAAUACAUCCUGUCAGUGAAGCAAGGAGAUUGCCCAGCACCUGAGAAGGCCAGUGGCUUUGCAGCUGCCUGUGUUGAAAGUUGUGAGGCUGACAAUGAAUGUUCUGGGGUGAAAAAGUGCUGUUCCAAUGGAUGUGGACAUACAUGUCAAGUGCCCAAAAAUCUUUAUAAAGGUGUUCCUUUAAAACCCAGAAAGGAAUUAAAAUUUAGUGAACUUCAGUCUGGACAGCUGGAAAUUAAAUGGUCUUCAAAAUUCAAUAUCUCCAUUGAACCUGUGCUCUAUGUGAUACAAAGGAGAUGGAAUUAUGGGAUUCACCCCAGUGAAGAUGAUGCAACAAGUUGGCAAACUAUAGCACAGAUCACAGAUGAGAGAUUGCAACUGACUGACAUCAGACCUAGUAGGUGGUACCAGUUUCGGGUGGCAGCCGUAAAUGUGCAUGGAACAAGAGGUUUUACAGCUCCCAGCAAACAUUUUCGCUCCUCAAAAGAUCCAUCAGCUCCACCUGCUCCAACUAAUCUCAGGAUUGCCAACUCUACAGUAAACAAUGAUGGAAGUAUAAAUAUAAGGAUUAUUUGGGAUGUCCCAGAAGAGCCAGAUAUUCCAGUCCAUCAUUACAAAAUCUUUUGGAGCUGGACUGUCAGCAGCAAGGCUGUUGUCCCAACAAAAAAGAAGAGAAGGAAGACUACAGAUGGAUUUCAAAAUUAUGUGAUCCUUGAACAUCUUCAACCCAAUAGUAAUUACAUGGUGGAACUGCAGGCAGUUACAUACUGGGGUCAAAUACGUCUGAAAAGUGCAAAAGUGUCUCUCUACUUUAGUUCUACUCAGACAACUGUCAGCAACAAAGAAUGGACAUCUACCAUUGGUAAAGCCACUGAUGUUUCAUUCUUCAAAAGAAGUAGACUUAAUCGUCUUCUUGAAAUUGGAGUGCCUUUUUUCCAAGAUGACCAACUUCAAGUGAAAGUCUACUGGAAGAAAACAGAAGAUGCAACCAGCAGGGAAGGAUAUCAUGUUCAGUGGUUCCCAGAAUUAUGUUCUUACAACAGUACCGAAGAACCUGAAAAAUUCAAUGAUGUAACAUAUGAAAACUAUAUAAUUCUUCAGAACCUGUCCUUUUCAUGCAAGUAUAAGGUUACAGUUCAGCCAGUAAGAUCCAAUGGUCAGUUGAAAUCUGAAAGCAUUUUCUUUAUGACUCCAUCUUGUUCUGAUCUAAAAGAGAAAAAACACAAGUAUGUAAGCUGUGUGGCUAAAGGAGAUCCUGUUAUUUCAAAAAUAUUGGCAAAACCAGAGAAUCUUUCUGCUUCUUUUAUUGUUCAGGACAUUAAUAUUACAGGCCACUUUUCCUGGAAAAUAUCAAAAACAAAUCUUCACCAACCAAUGACAGGAUUUCAAGUCACUUGGGCAGAAGUCACUACAGAAAGCAGGCAAAACAGCUUACCAAACAGCAUUAUCUCCCAAUCACAAAUAUUGCCAGUAGAUCACCAUAUGUUGACAGUACCCAAUCUAAGACCAUCAACUCUUUACCGUUUAGAGGUUCAAGUGUUAACCACAAGUGGUGAGGGACCAGCUACAAUAAAAUCAUUUCGAACACCCAAUUUGUUGAUAUCACCACAGAGACCUCAUCUGAAGCAGCACCAUCCACAUCACUACAAAUCACCCCCUGAAAAAUACUAAAUUGCCAUAAAUAAUUAAUCAGCUGGAAAACAAUGUGAAGAAGUUCUUGAAAGAAGAUCAGAAAAAUGCACCUUUAUUGAGUUAUGUACAGUACAGUAUAGUAUAUAAUGCAAAGAUCAGCUGUAUUCAUUUAUCAGAGCAUUCAGCAUCUAUUUUCUCUCUGUCUGUCUCUGUCUCUCUCUCUCUCACACACACACAGAUACACACAUAGACAUCAAUUACCUGUUACUGUUGCAUAUGCUACAUGACACCCUGCUUUAUCACUUCCCAUUAAUAUCUUUACAUGCUUUUUAAACAGAUCAGUCCAUCCAAGUUAUCUGUGGCUGCUGCAGGAAAAGCAUAACAACAAUCCCCGUCUAUUUCAUGAUAUAUGAUAUACAUGGCCUAAUAAUAUCUGUUUAAUAGCUGAGUAGAAUUUCAAUAUUCUAUCUAAUUUGCUUUCAGAAAUCCCAUUAAAUGGGGAAAUAUUCCUGUCCAUUUGAUGAAGAAAUAUUAUAUUGUUUCCAUGAAGUAGACACAUUAACUUUUGAGGGUUUCAUUAAGUGGAGAUUGUUUUUCCUGAGUUAUGAAGAAAAAUGAUCAAACUGUUGUUUUUUCCAGAAGUUUUUCAGACUGGGAACUGAAACCAGAUGGAAUACUUAAAGCAACACUACAAUACUAAUUGAAAUGUAAAUAACGUCUGUCUUAUAGCUAGAUGCUACUAGUAUCAUCGAAUAUAUUAUGAAAUGAAUGAAUUUAAGGUGGGGGGUUGAGGUUAAGGACUUUGAACUAGACUUUUACUUUAGAAGAGGUUUGUCAUGUAAGAUCUAGGGCCUUUUUACACCUGGGUGCUUCAAGUUGUUCCAUGACAUUUUGAAACAUAGGAAACUAAAACAGUUUUCCAGCAUUUCUUCUGGACAACUUCUUUCCCUUUACCACUUCCCAUUCUUAUUAUGAGGAAUUGCCUCAUGCUAAUUCCUGGGAGUCUUCCUUCUACCAUCAUCUGUGGCCACCAUCUUGGUAUCUCAUAGUCACAUUAAGAAGUAGCUUUCUUGGUUUAUGCAAAUAAUGGCCUAUUAGAGGGCUGGGAUGGUAGAGGAAAUGGAUGUAGGUUUUUGUACAUUCCCACAAGGUAACAAAACGGAACUCUAGCCUGGCAACAUUUAAGUUCUGUAGAAGAAGCAAUUGAUACUGCAAAGUUAUGUCAGAAAGGAAGAGAAACCAGACAUUUUAUAGUUACCCUUUUCAGAACUUGACCACCAAUAAAGAUAUUUCUUUGCAUCCAACAAUAUAGACACUGUAUAUUCCCCCCAGAAGGAGCUUGUUUUUCAUUUCACUAUAGGAAUAUCUUUGGCAAAUAGAAGGAUCCUUAUGUAAUUACUCAGAAAAACUGAAUCCUCGUACAGGGAGAAGAUUGGUGUUGACCAAGUUCAUGAAGUCAGAGUUAUUUUAUUAAAUAAUAAAAUAUUGAUGGCAUCAAUUGAAUUAAGCUAAAUCUGAAAAUUUCCUGCAUCUUUAAAUAAAACUUUAUUGAAUUAUACAAUGAUGGACACACUUUAUUAACUAAAUAGUUACCAUAUGUUUUAACAAUACAGUUUUAGAUCACACUUCAGAUUUAAUUUUUAAUCUUCAUCUUGUUUAUUAGAAAAAAAUAGCAUCCUGUAUUCUUAGAGGGACAUUAUCUCUCCAUUACAUGCUUUAAUGUAUAUCAAGUGAAGGGAAAAACAAUGCUGUCCAUAACCACUGCAGUAAAAAAAUUAAAGGAUUGCGACACUUUUUUGCAUACAUUUUUAAUCAAUAACAAGACAUGUUAUUUUUUAAUUUUCAUAAAUAAGAUUAAAAUAUCCCUCUUUCUUAAAGGAAAAAAAGAGGCCAAAUAAAUGUUUUUGAAGAGCAUAUAGGAAAACAAUAUCUUUGAAUUAUUUCAGAAAAUGUAUGGUACUUGUAAGCAUAUAUUUGACAGCUUGUCUAUGGAGAUAGGAUUAAGAGAAGAUUUGCACAUAUUCAUUACUUGCUACAUCUGUAAAGACUUGCAUGCAUAAAAUAUGCUUAAGAGUCUAUAUAUAAUAAUAGCUGGUUUUCAUUCAGAUAAUGAAAAACACUGAAAAGACAUUUCAAAAAAGGUUCAAGUUAGCAAGAGGUAGUCCUUAUGUAUUAACUUUCAAUGUUUUUAUUUUUCUAACUUAAAACAAAACAAAAACCCAACAACGAUUUUAUUAAAACAGAAGUUUUGAUCCAAAUAAGACCAAUUUGAUUUUAGGUGUCUACAGUAUGUUUUAUAAAUUAGUUCAGUGUUUUCAAUGAUUUGACUCUUUAAAAAGCAGAAAUUGCCAAAUGCUGCCAACACAAUACUGUUUGGUGCAAUUUGUUUCUUCGUUCAGUUGAAAACAAUUGUUAUAUAUGUGUGUGGAAAAUAUAUCGAAAAAGCUAUUAAUCAGUUUCCAUUAAUCAGAUUUUUAAAACAAUUGUAUUGAAAACAUGAAGAUUUAUCAAGCUAUAUUAGUGCUCUUUUACGCAGGAGUGGAAUUUAAUUACAAAUUAAUCUUCAAAAAAUGUAAGAAUGGAAGUUAGCAACUUCAUUUUAUUUCCUCAUAUUUUAAAAAAGGGCAUAUAAAAGCAGUUGUGAUGAUAACUUAUUUAUUUUAGAUGGCAUUACUUUUAUGUUAUUUGUCUAAGUAUUCUUAAAUCUUUGAUUAAUGCCUGUAGACGUAUAACUAUAAAUGUCAUAUAAGUUGUACAUUGUAUUCCAGAAAUAUGCUUUUAAUGGUUGCAUGUUUUUUUUAAGACUUCAAACUUUAUUUUAAAAAAAAGGAAAUUAAUGCCUCCAGAUGUUGUUGGAUCUAUAGGUUUUGCAUGCCAAAAAUCAUAAUUCAGUUAGAGGCAUGAGUUGUAUGACUGUUUACCUCUGUUGAAUAUAAUGGUAAGGUACAAUUUAAAAAAUAAUUAAUAGAUUAUCUAUAUGUAAAAAUACUCCUCUCUUUUGUCUAAUUAUAAGGUAGCAUAAAGAAAACAGAGCCACAUAUUUGCUAACUCAGCUGACUGUAGAAAUUACAUUUUUAUAACAGUCAUUUAAAAGUGAGUAUUUAUUUAUCUAUGUAAUACAAAAGAAUUAUUUGUGUGCCAUGUUAUUUUGAGGCAGUGUUACUUGUAAAACAUUUUGUAAAAUUGUAAAUACUCUGGUCGGUUGAUCUUCAUAUUUAGAUUUUGUAGAUAAGUUUAAUUAAUAAACUAUCAUAUAAAUAUAUAGACUCAUAAUUAUCAUCACUGUUGGGAUUGCUUUCUAUAAUAAUUUUCUUUUACGCAAAGUAACUUAGUCCUUGAUAGAUUUGCUGACAUUUAGCCAGGAUUUUCAAACCAUAAUAAAUACAUUUCAUAGGAAACACUUAGCCCAAAUCAAAUAUAUACAUAGAAUAAUACAUCAAAGUUUUUCCUACCUGGCAGCUCGCUGACUGGGAAAUUCCGGGACUUGGAACAUCUUAAAAUUGCCAAGUUUGUAAAACAUUGAUGGUACAUAAAUCCAACUAGUGGUUCCAGUCGACUCCAAAACGUAUCAGGAAAAAUAGCUAUGCAUGCCAAACCUCAGUCAGGUGUAUGAAUCAGAAGGAAAGUGGAGAAAUUUUGGCUUUCUUCCUUGGUUUCUAAAGAGUUUACUGAAAAAUGGCAGUAGUAUUGUCUAUCUACAGCAGGACUACAUAUGGAAACUUAAACUGAUGGAUCAGUUAGGAAAUUUUUAACCUAAACCCCCAAAAUUGGGGUUACUGAUAGUAGGGUUACCCUACUAUCUGUUUUUAUAGUUUAACAUUGCUGUUCCUUGGAUGUAACCUACAGCUCACAGCAAAUUACUUAUGUUUGUAAACGUACUAUACUUGUACAAGUCUUACAAGAAAAAGCUUCAAACCCUUUGUAUUCUCUUUGUACUUCAAACUUCUAUUGUGCCUAAGAAUUGUAUUUGGUGCUGAUAUGAGAAAAAACCAAAACACUCAUUAAA